AAACCUACAACUCCUCCCAACUCCUUCCUGCUUCCACCUCUCCUUCUCAAACCUCUCUUCCUUCCUCUCUCUAUCCUGCUCUUCCGUCCAUCUUAUCUUGCUCAAAUCCCUCCUCCGGCCAUUCUAUCAUGAAUCUACGUUCCAACGUAGCAGCCGCGGCUGUAGCUGACGGGCAAGCUGUCCUCGAUUAUGUUAAUGCCGGUGGCGUCGGUGGCGCCUACAGGGCCGGGGGGACCGGUUGAUCCGGUUUAGCCGUCACGGUCAUCAUGGCCGGGGCGGCCGGCAGGGCCGGCGGGGCCGGUGGCUCCGCGGGGACCGGUGGGGCCGGUGAGGCCGUGACGGCUAAACCGGACCAACCGGCCCCCCGGCCCUGUAGGCGCCACCGGCACCACCGGCCCAUCCGGCCCCAUCGGCGCUACUGGCCCUACCGGCGCUACCGGCCCGGACGGAGCUGUUGGACAUGGAGAUCUACCGCACCCACUGACAGCUUUUCUCAAGAACUAGAUCUUCUAUUAGGAUUUUGGGUCGAAUUAGGUUUUGGGUCUAGGGUUUCCUAUAACUAUGGUUUUGGAUCUGAUCGGUGAUGUUAAAGGAAAAGUUGCUGUGAUGGUGGAUGACAUGAUAGAUACUGCUGGUAAGUGAGAUUAUGGUUCUAUUAGGGUUUGAUCUCAUGCGCAUUGAAAAUGGAUACAAUGGUUGCAACUUGAAUAUUGGACCGAAUGUAUCUGAUGUUACUGAUGGCACAUAUCUAUCUGUCAAUAGUUUCAAAUAUCAUUCCAUGCUAGUUGACACUGAUGAAAGAUCUCCUUUCUGAUCAUCAAGUACAUCUUGGUUCCACUUGUGUGUAGAACAGAUUCAAUCUGAUUGCAUCAAUUUGUGCUUAUUUUAUCUUAACUUGAUAGGCAUAUCUGUUUGGUUUCAUCUAAAUAACUGUUGGUAGUUGGCUUCAAGGUUUAAAGCCGUGCUUGGUUACUGGUCCUGUACAGAACAGGUUUUGCUCCAGUAAAAUACAUGUGUUCAAUGCUAUUCAGAGUUUGUUUUGACAAUCAAGAAACCAUGUGAACAUUACAGAUUUGAUUUUGUUGGUUGGGAUCAGAUUAGAAUUUUACUAAGCAUAGGUACGAUUGCAAAAGGUGCAGCACUAUUACAUCAAGAAGGGGCAAGGGAGGUUUAUGCUUGCAGCACACAUGCUGUCUUUAGGUAUGUUUCUUUUUCUAACUGUAAUAUAGUUAUACUUAAUUUACAGAAGAACUGGUUAAAUUUUAAUGUUUACACUGAAUUGGUAGGAGACUUCUUUUCACAAUAUCGAUGAUUGUUCUUCAUUGAUGUAAUUGUCAAAGUCAGUGAGAUACUAUAGAAUUUUCUCAGAUUAAUUCGUACAUAAAAUAAUAAUAGUUAUUAAAUUCCUUUUAACAAAUUUGGCAGUUGCCCUACAAAAUAUGAAACUUUAUUAUUUUUGUCAGAUUUGUCAGGUCUCAAUUUGUAUCUCACACUUAUGAUUUGUAUUAUAUAAGUUUGUACCACAUAAAGAGCAAAAUCUUAGCGUUGAACUCAUUUGGCCCUCAACAUUUGUGUCAAUCAGUGAACCAUAUACACUUUUGCUUAAAAAUUGUCAGAAGAUGAAUCCAGCAUACUUGACACUGUUUAGAUUGUUAAAUAUUAAUGGAGAAUAAUGCUGUUCAAUAGACAAGUCUUUAGAACGGCUAUUUAUGCACAUCAUACUUUAUCCAUUGAUCAACUCCAAUAGUGAUCACUGCUACUUUGUUUUAGAGAUAAACCUCAGUAAGUUUCUUCCCUAACUCCCUGACUCUUACUUUGUUUUAACCAUUUUCAGUUAGUAGUUUACAUUAGUCAGUACUCUAUAAUAGUCAAAUGACAGUUAUAGUUUGUAGCUAAAACUUUCUUGAAGCACUACAUUUUAGUUUCAAGUUACCUUUUUGGGUGUUGUAAGAACUCUGAACUAGGGAUGUGGUCUGUACCUAUAGUUAUAUGAGUUUCCGACCAUAUAAAUAGUGAGAGAAUUAUAUAAGUUUGUCUCCAUGAUCUGACACAUAUUCUGUUAGUAGUAAUCAGUAGAUAUCUCAUGGAACUCAUGUUAAUUAUCAUGCACUAAUUGCACAUACUUAGGUUUAACUUCGAAGCUGUGCAGAUUAUGUGGUGGAACUCUAAAGCUUAUACUUGGCAAACACAGUUGGUUCAUUAUAGGUUAGAGAUCAAUAAUUUUGUAUUAAGCUUUUGUUAAGUCUAACAAAAGGAAAUCUACAAUAAAAUUUUAGGGGAAAAAAACUAGAAAGAAAGGCCAAUGGUUAAUAGUUCUCAUGCUUGUAUGCAUUGCCUACCAAAAGAACAAAAAACAAUUUUGGUUAACAACAACUUGCUAUGAAUAUCAUAGGAAGACUUUCUCAAAAUGUAAAGGGAAUAUCCAAAUUCAUUCCAUAAACUUCCAUGUCGUCUAACAAAAGAAGCCUGUGUGUAAAUCUUAAUAUUGAAGGAUCUGCAUCAUUAAGGUCUAAUGCAUCUUGACAUGUUUAAUUUUCUUUCUAGCAAGCAGUUACUUUAUAUUCCAAAUUAUUUCUUAUGAACUGGAUAAUGAUGCAACAUAGAGCUAUAGAAUCUAAGUAAUUGUCUCAGUGGAACAAUAUAUAUCCCCACUUUAGCAGCUACAUUAGUAUAGUAAUUUGAUACGAUGUAUUGCCAUCAGUUUCAGUUUAACAGGUUGAUUCGAUCAAUUAAAACGAAGAUAUCAGAUUAGCCACUGUUGCCCUCACGGAGAACAUGGCCCCAUUUUUGCAGCAAUCUUUUGAAGAUAUAUUUUUUCUAUUAUAGAAAAUCUCAAGCUAACUUUGCUUGAAUCUCCUUCCACUGAACUGGGUAGUAACUUAUCCAAUUUGCAUACAUCCACUAGCAGGAAGAUAGACACGGGCAAUAACCUUUUCUUUUUCUUUUAGCUUUUUGGCUUCAAUUUGGUCAUUAUGUGAUAGAAAAGGAUGUGCACACACGAUAUUUUGAGACUGAAAAAAAAACAUAUUAAAGAAAUAAAUACCAUCUUCUAUUAGUAAAGGUACCAUUGUCCCAAGGCUCCUGAGGUUGAGUUUUGGUUUUGUAAAUAUUAGAUACUAUUAAUUUAACAGAGAUAAAAUUUAAAGCUGCAGAUAUGUUAAUUUGGUAAUGUUAUUUUGAGUUUUGACUACAAUAUUUUUAUUAUUUAUUUUAAACUUAAUUAAUAAGAUAAAAUUAAAUAUCCGAGCCAACUAGAUGCUUUUUGACCCUACUUAUUCUUCUUGUGGUCUGGAAAGGCAUUAUUCCAUUUCAACUCCUUUGUGAUGUUGAGUUUUCCAUUAAGGAGUAUAUUUCUUUCAAAUUAGAGUUUUCUCUUCAAUUAUAAUCUUGUUGAUAAAUAUGAUGAGAUUAUGUUUACCUUUUCUCUGAAAUUAUUUGUUUUGUUCAAAAAUUUAAAUUUGAAAAAAAAUAUAUUAAUAAUGUCGGUAAUCUUUUUUGGGAUACCUUUCUAUCUUCCUCAGGACUUUAUGUACGCAAUUGCCUACUCUUUCCUUGUGUAUUAAAUUAGAUGAUAUUGAUAGGUAUUUUGUACGGUCAUCUUUAAGCUUUUAACCUAAUCAUUGUCUAAGACGAACUAAUAGUGUGUUAGUCUUUGAAUGAUAUAAUUAAUUAGAGUAUAUGGUGUUACUCUUAAAUAAAUACUUUUGAAAAUUUUCAUUUCAACUUUAUGAUAUUUAUCUUUUUAUUAGAACAGCUCAGAAAAUUUUAUAAUCAUCAAAAUAUCCUUUAUUAUUUUCAAAAAUUUACUUAUUCGCCCAAAUCUGCCAUUUUAUUAUUAUUCCAUUUAAGGGCACUUUAAUAAAUAAUGUAAACUUUAGGAGCUACAAUGAAAAUUACCAUCAUUUAAAUAAUAUUAUUUCUACUAUUUUGUGCUAUAAAAAUCAGCGUUCCAACUGACUACUCUCCCAAAACUCGUCCCUUGAAACUCGCUAGCUCUUCGAUUUUAAUCGACUACGAAAUGCGUUCUCCGGCGAGGUUUCUACUGUCGUCAGAGGCGGAGCCGCCGAGUCCCCUCCCCUUCGACUCUGACGUCGUUGUCAUCCUCGCCGUCCUCCUUUGCGCCCUCAUCUGUGUCGUCGGACUCGCCCUCUUCGCCCGCUGCGCCUGGCUACAUCACGCGGUUACCUCAUCGGCCCGCAUCCCCUUCCCUGCUUCGCCUAACAAGGGCCUCAAGAUGAAGGCCAUCCGAGCACUCCCCACCCUCUCUUUCAACUCCUCCUCUGCCUCUGCUGCGGGUGGCAUCGUGCUGCUCGACUGCCCCAUCUGCCUCGCCGAGUUCUCUGACGGUGAGCUCGUCCGCGUACUGCCCCAGUGUGGCCACGGCUUCCACGCCAAGUGCGUUGACACCUGGUUUCGGUCCCAAUCCUCCUGCCCCACCUGCAGACGGAUCCUGGCGGUCGCCGCCCCGCUCCGGUGCCAGCAGUGCGGCGCCAACUCCGGCGCCGGCGCUAAGCUCCACGAUGGGGGCGCAUCCAACCAUUGGCAUCGCUGCAGCUGCGUAGGCCGCGGCGGCAACUGUCUCGCGGACGUGGGCACCGGCCAAGGGCAGCUUUAGAUGUAGGUCAUUAAAGCCUAUGCUUAGGGCCUUAAUUUUUAUUGGGGCCCAUUAUUUUUAAUGUAUUAAAUAUAUUUUUUAUGUGUGCUUUUUUAAAA